UACAAGGUGAAGUAAAGUAUUUUAAAAGUGAAUAAUAAAAAAAAAUUACAGCUACAAAGUGGAAGAAAUAAGACGAAAAGUAAGCUUCAUUUAUGAUAAUAAAUAUGAAGCAGUUAAUAACAUGUGGAUUGUUAUACUUCAUGAGUAGUUACAUUACUUUGGGCCAAGAUCAAUUAAGUGAUCCAACGAAAACGUACAUAGAUUAUUUAAUGGGACAGGAUGUUACAAAAGCAAAUACGACAAAUGGGAGUGGAAUAAUAAAUGUGGAUUUGAAUCCAGGAACUCUUCAGUUAAAAUAUAACAUACCGGAUAAUACAUCUACAACGAUGGCAACAGAAACAACGAUUCCACCCAGAGAAUCGACAACAUCAUCUAGCAUACCGAUAACGGUCAUGCCUCCCGCAUCAACCACAAGUGCACCUUCAGCAGCAUCUAGUAUACCAAUAACAGUCAUGCCUCCAUCAUCCAUUGGAUCGACAACGAGUGCACCGGCGACUGCGUCAACCACAAGUGCUGCAUCUAACAUACCGAUAACUGUUAUGCCUCCCUCAUCAGUCGCAUCAACCACAAGUCCACCUUCGGCUGCGGCAACCACAAGUGCACCUUCAGCUGCAUCUAGUAUACCAAUAACAGUCAUGCCUCCAUCAUCCAUUGGAUCGACAACGAGUGCACCGGCGACUGCGUCAACCACAAGUGCUGCAUCUAACAUACCGGUAACUGUUAUGCCUCCCUCAUCAGUCGCAUCAACCACAAGUCCACCUUCGGCUGCGGCAACCACAAGUGCACCUUCAGCUGCAUCUAGUAUACCAAUAACAGUCAUGCCUUCAUUAUCCAUUGGAUCAACAACGAGUGCACCUUCGGCUGCGUCAACCACAAGUGCAGCAUCUAACAUACCGAUAACUGUUAUGCCUCCCUCAUCAGUCGCAUCAACCACAAGUCCACCUUCGGCUGCGGCAACCACAAGUGCACCUUCAGCUGCAUCUAGUAUACCAAUAACAGUCAUGCCUUCAUCAUCCAUUGGAUCAACAACGAGUGCACCUUCGGCUGCGUCAACCACAAGUGCAGCAUCUAACAUACCGAUAACUGUUAUGCCUCCCUCAUCAGUCGCAUCAACCACAAGUCCACCUUCGGCUGCGGCAACCACAAGUGUACCUUCAGCUGCGGCAAUCACAAGUGGACCUACGACUACUUCAACUACAACCUCAAACAUCGACUGA